AUUCUUCUGUCGGUCUUCAUUGUUGUUGCCAAUACUUUUACUGUAAUUGUGUUCUGGAUUCAUCGCAACAAGCUAAAGCGGACAUUCUUUCUCGUCAUUAACUUGACUGUUGCUGACUUUCUUGUUGGAUUUACUGCAAUAAUUGUGGCAGCACUGCCAAUAGCUAAUCUUCCGCAACAGACAGGACUAAGAAAAAUGCUGGGAUAUCAGACUUUGGCAGCAUCUUUCCACGCCUCUUGUUCAGCAUCUGUGUUCUUUCUUGUACUUAUUUCAUUGGAACGCGCCUUCGCAUUGAUAUGGCCGUUUCGACAUCGUUUAACAGGCACCAAGGUUUACAUCUACAGUGUGGCUAUCGUUUGGUUCGCUGGGAUAGCUAUGGGUGUAUUUAAUUUUCUGUCGACGUAUGAGAUUCUAGAUCUUGUGCAUUAUUCAGUUGGAUUCUCUGUUGUCAUAAAUUUCUGUUUGGUUACGAUCUGUGUGUCGUACUUAUCGAUCCGAAAACAAAUUAACAACAGGAAUUCAGCUAUUGACUCCGCUCAUAGAAUGCAAAGUGUUGAACAAAAUACAAGACUGUCCAAGACAUUUUUCAUCGUGGUAGGUGUCUCUAUUGCAUUUUGGGCUCCAAGCGUCACAUUUUACUGUGCAGGUGAUUUGGGUCUAAUCGUGUAUCCCGAGUUUGUAAAGUACAUUAUCACCAUGUUACAUCUAAGUAAUUCUCUUGUGAACCCAAUAAUUUAUAGCUUGAGAAUGCCAAUAUUCUUGAAAAGCUUCAGAAAACUGAAACGUAUGUGUAAAAUUUCAAAGCGAUCGAAAAGUGACGCUGUUAGCAAUGAACACUUGCAAUAUAUAAAACUGAGAUGGAGAGUUUUAUUGGCGAGUGAAGUCGACUUAACUUUUCAACUGUGGAAAGGCUUUACAUGAUCCAGGGCAGACGAGAAGACAGACGUUUUCCGCCUGAAUAUGUUUCUUUUUGAAUAGUCAAAAUGUCUUUGAAUUAAGUAGAGGAGGUUGAGAAUCACUGCAUUUUUAAAGAUAUUAAAAUAGGGAACUAAGCUUUCACACUUGGUGGUAUAUUUUAAUGAAACCAUGUGGCUUCCAAUGUUAGGAUGUUAUUGCCCAGAUGUACCCUCAUUCGUGUCGAGUUUGUGUAUAGGACGUUGUCUUAGUAACAACUUUCCUAAGAGAUAUGUCAAAGUUUUCACGUAUUCUUCAAGUAAGUCAAAAGCAGUGGAAAAGGAGUUAAAGAGAGCCCCGAAUAAAACUGCAAUUUCGAGUUAAUCAUUAACAUCAAAAAGAAAAAUCGCAAGCAACGCAAAAAAUCGUUGACCUUGCGAUUUUCCGUAGUUUUCUCAAAUUUUGUAAAACUUACAGGCUUGCUUUCCACUCAUGCCAUUAAUAACAGAAAGAAUCUCAAAAUGUUGCAAUGAACGCGAAAAAUCGUCUAUCUUGCAGUUGUUGCGUUUUUUGGCAAAUCGCAAAUUUUGCAGCUGUGUAAAAACCUGGACAUACAGUGCUCAAAACAAUGUCCAGGAAAGAAAAUCUCCUUUUCAUCGAGCAUUCUAUGUGCAGUUAAUGUCUUAUAAUACUGUUAGCGACAUACAAAUGACAUGACAUGCUAUUAAAAUUUUGAACAAUAAUUGUUGAUUUAUGGUAAUAUAGCUAUUAAGAGCAAGAACUGAGGAUAUGACAGAUUCGUAAAUAAAUCGGCUGUUUUCUCUUUCUAAGUCCAAAGUUUCUGCAUAUUGUUCUCAGUGAAACAUAAAUUUGAAGGCAACGCUGCCUGUGAUAAAUCAAGGAACAUUUCCUUUAAAUUGAGUUUUAAUUCCACCAUUAUAAUUGGAACAAAUUAAUUAAAUUUUACUUAAUAUGUAGUUCUCUAGCGAAUUAAUAGUACUUCGCUCCAUAAACACUCUGAUUCGAUGUCUACUUUCUAUCAAAUCAGAUAUCGAUGUUACUCGACGUUAUGUAAAUUAAAUUGCUUCGACAUAAAAUGACCGUGAGGUAUGUAAUAUUCGGCAACAUUGUUUAGAGAUUGAUGAUAGUCUUUUCAUUUACAUAUUUACGGAGUAAGAAUGUUGAGAAGAAAUUGACUUUUUAAGGUAUUUGAAUUGACGACAAUGCACAAAGAAUGAUAUGUUCAGGGAAACAUCCGCUGAUGUUUAUAUUCACCACAGUCGAACCGGCUCAGUUAAUGGACACCUCCAGUCAGUGGAGAGCUCUCGACUGGGUGUACACCUAAAGCAGGUAAGCAGGUGACUGGACACCCCUACACAUGCCUUGGCUUCACAUCUUUCAUAAGGAGACAUUCACAUUGAGAGGACACUUCCCGUAGGCAAAAAAGAAGUUCCCCACAGUCACUGUCGGGGUCAGCUCUUCUUAGUUUUUCUGGUUAGAGGAAAAAAAGGGACCCACUUUGCUUCUGUUCAUGUUUGUUUUUAUUACAUUACAAUGAUUUUAUUACAUUACAAUGCUAUCAGUGAUUCAUUUCACCGGCUUGUCAAUUCAAUGACAUAUUUACUGUGUUCAUUGCAUCUCCCUUUUGAAAGCUGUUUAUUGUUCUUUUAUGAGGUUUACAAUACUUGAGGCUGAAACGGAAAGUAAAACAGUUGUAAAGUGCAAAUAAAUUUCAAGCUUAAUUAAAACUCGUUUUGGAGUUUUUGCAAGCCAAAAAGCCAAAAGAUAUCUCUCGCUAUCAACUGGCGUAUACCGUUCUUUUCCACUAUGUCUGAUACCAGUGAGAUAGUGUUUUUGUGCAUUCUCAUUUUUCUGUCGGUAGUCAUUUUUAUGGCCAAUGCUUUUACUGUUUUGGUUUUCUGGAUUCAUCGCCACAAACAAAAGAGGACAUUCUUUCUUGUCAUUAACUUAACUCUUGCAGACCUUCUUGUUGGAUUCACUGCAAUACUUGAGACAGGAGCGGUAGUUGUUCUUCCGCGACUAAGCAAAACCAAUCACAAGGGAGACAUGUACAGUUUAUCGGCGUUCCUCUAUGCCUUUUCAUCAGCAUCUGUAUUCUUUCUUGUACUUAUUUCAUUGGAACGUGCCUUCGCUUUGAUUUGGGCGCUUCGACAUCGUGCAACAAGCACCAUUAUUUACAUAUACAUUGUGGCUAUCGGUUGGUUCGCUGGGAUAGCUAUGAGUGCAUUUUAUUUUCUAAGCAUGCAUAAGAUAUUCGACUUUGAGGAUUAUGCAGUUGGAUUCUCAGUUGUCAUAAAUUUCUGCUUGGUUACGAUCUUUGUGUCUUGCUUAUCGAUAAGGAAAAAAAUCAACAACAGAAAUCCAGCUUUAGCUAUUGAGUUCACUCGCAACGGGCAACGUGUUCAAUGUGAACGAAACACAAGACUGUCCAAGACAUUUUUUAUCGUGAUAGGCGUGUCUCUUGCAUUUUUGGCUCCAGGCGUAACAUUUUUCAGUGUAGCUAAGUUGUGUGCAUUCGAGUAUCCCCAGUUUGUGAAUUACAUCCUUGCUAUGUUACAUCUAAGUAAUUCUUUCGUUAACCCAAUAAUUUAUAGCUUAAGAAUGCCAAUAUUUAUGAAAACCUUGAAACAAUCAAGGAAUAAGUUUAAAAUUCCAAAUCGAUCGAGAAAGUACACUAUUAGCAAUGAAAACUUGUAACUAUGUAAAGAUGUAUUUGUGAUGCACGGAAUCUUUAAAAGGGAUCCACACUUACUGGUUAGAGAUAAUUAUUGAAAUACAUUCAAAUAAAGAACUAUCUUAUCUAUGGGUUACUUACAGUGCGAGUACCGCAGAGAGGGAGGGGCUAGAAGGGCUUUAACACUAUCCUUUAUGAAAAACAAAUUGUUUUUACCAGGUUUGUUUUCGAUCAUUGUAGUAAUAACUUAGCCUAUUAAAGUAGCUUCAACCAAUUUUUUCAUUCACAUGUUGACCUCUUUGUAAACUUUGCACUUUUUGUUAUUUUUUUUUUGUUUGAAACUUUUAUCGUUAAUCACUUGGUUUCAAAGGACGGUUAGAUUCUUGCGUUCACAGUUUCUCUCAAGAAAUAAUUUGAUUUUGGAUCAAUGUUUCGCCGAAUUUUUGGUUUUGAUACGCUCUUGCUUUUUCCAUCAAUAUUUGAAACGGUCAGCACAGCUGUGAAUUAUAUUCUAAGAAAAAAAACCCAUGAAUUUAAGGAACCCGAAGAAGGUAAACAAUGUUUGGAAAACGUCGUUUACAAAACGGAUGCUCAGAACCAUGCUGUAGGUUGCAGCUGAGCCGCCGUUACGAGAUGCAAUUUGUUGAUGGCGUUGGAAGCUGCUUUGUCACCGUUCACAUGGUCUAUAUUUCAUCCUUAAAAGGUCUGAGAUUAGACCUGAUUCUGCCUUUUUACCUUUUUCAAUUUAACCCUUUAAACCUUAAGAUAAAAAUUUGAAUUUUCCUUUUGUUGCCCCUAUUCAUUUCCUACAGGAGUAAUGGGGAGAAGUUGAUAAAAUAUCAAGCAAAUUCAUCUUGUAUGAUCAUGUCCGUAAUUCUCAUGACCACUCUGUUAUACAAAGCAUUGAUAUUUCAAGGAGAAAUUCGAUGCUGAUCACUGUUAGGGCUUAAGGGGUUAAGGGGCGUUGAGUAUCUUAUGUAUGAAGAAUUAUGGAGAUCGAGGAGGGUGUUAUCCGUCGAGGCCGUAGGCCGAGGCGGAUAACACCCGCCCAGAUCUCCAUAAUUCUUCAUAUGAUACGAAAGCUCAAAAUAAUUCCUACUUUAAAAACAUGGCUAAAAUUUGCUUCCUCCAUAGAUCCAUCGAUGUUAAGGCGAUCUUCGAUAGUACUCGUUUAGGGUUGUUCAGCUCCGCAAAAUAGUAUUCUCCAAAUAGCAGAUGUCGCACCUCGAGUUGUCUUCUUGCUGUUCUUGCCAUGUUUGUAGCUAUUAUUUCGCCCAGUGCUUACUCUUGAAAUGAGUGAAAUGUCUGCCAUCUGUGUCUUCACAACCAAAGCAACACAACCUCGUCCCCAGGUCGUCUCGGUUAACGGUGCAUUAACCUGCAAGGAAGCUGCACUUUUGACGUCAUCGGUUCAUUAAACGCAAAAUUCUUCCAAAUUUGGUCAUCAGUAGCUGGUUAUGGUGAAUUAUGCGUGUGCUUUUAGCCAAUCACAAUGGGGAAAUUAUUUUGAAUGAAUAGUAAUAUUAAUUAGAGCUGUAGAGAGUCGGCGUAUCAUCAAACAGCAGUGAAAAUUUGCAGGAAAGCAAUGUCCUACCUGUUAAUUUUUUUAACGACCAAAACAGGGACAUUACGUCAUCAGUCACGUGACCAGAAUGUUUUCAAGAUUUUUGUUCGUUUUGAAAGUACAUUUUCCAUCAUAAAUUGGUACGUUUUUGUUGUUUUUCUAAAUGUUUACAAUGUAUUACCUCUAAAUUGACCGAUAUUGCAAGACGACAAAAGGCUAGACGUCAUUGACGUUAACGUAUUCCACACAAAAUUAAUUAAACCUGCAAAAAAAAAAAAAGCACACGACCUUAUCUAAAUGAGAUUCCAUAAUUUGGUAGCUAUGGCACUACUCAUCAUAAUUCGAAAAUUCAGUAAAAGUUUCUUUUUGGAGUUUUUCUAACGAGUAAUAAUACUUCGCUCCAUAAACACACUGAUUGGAUCUUUUCAUUAAAUCAGAUAUCGAUGCUGUGUGGGAAAAAUGUUAUUUUAAAAUAUAAAAUUGUUUUAAAUUGCUAAUUAAAACUAACAAUAAGGUUCAUUACACCCGGUGACAUUGUUAAGAGAUUGACGACCGGCUAUUCACUUAUUUCCCGAGAAAGAAUACGUAGCUGAAAUUGAUUUUUAAGGCAUUUGAAUUCAUGAGGACAAUCGAGUUUCAAAGAAUGACAUGUGCAUGGAACCAUCCUCUAGCUUUUUCAUGCACCUAAGUCGAGAGAUAAGCUCCCAUGCUUGAGCACCUUCUCUGAGAGCUGACACGUCCCGUGGGUUGACACUUCCCAGGUAGCGCGGGACACCGUUCCGUUGGAAGACAUCUUGGUCAUGGUCACAAGGACAUACACAAUUCACUGCUUUUAGGUGGUCACCUCUUCAUCUUGUCUGGUUUGGUACUAGAAAACAACCAUCCACUGUGCUGCUGUUCAUGUAUGUCUUUAAUGUCAUUUUGUUUUCUAUCAGUGAAUAAAAUAAAAUUUUAACGCCUAAAUGACGUCAGAGUGACGUAUUUGCAAUGUUUCUUUGACCUUUGUCAUUUCAAUGACAUACGAAAAACAUGGUAUUUCAACGACAAUGGACUCAAUUUUACAUUUUGAAUUAGUUGUAUAUUAUUUCUUUGUAAAAUAUUAACUCUGGGCAGCGCCAUUAAAUACACUUUUUGCAUUUAAUAUUCUUCCCUCCGAAUGAUAGUGGUCCACAAUCUAUAUAAAUCACUAUGUUAUUUUAGUAGGAGAGAAAACAAUAGUCUUACUUAAUUAAAAGUAGACUUAAGAAGGCUAUUGUUGCUUUAUUUCUCUGGCGUGUUAAUUUUAAUGACUCGUCUACUCUGUUGAUUGCAUCUCUCAUUUAAAGCUGUUUAUUUACACUGCUGAAUCAUUGACGAGGUUUACAGUACUUAAGACAGAAACCAGAGUAAAACAAUAGCACAGCGCAAUUGAAUUUUAAUUAAAAUCUCUUCGGGGACUUUAUUUAAAUUGCCGGAUCAUUUAAAUAUGAAAGGCUUCAUACACGCUGGAAGCCAAAAGAUAUGUUUGUUCUUUAGAGUCGCAGAAAAAUUAUCUGGUUCAAAACGUUCUUUUUAUUAUGGCUGAUAUUAGUGACACAGUAUUUUUGGGCAUUCUCAUUUUUCUGUCAGUCGUUAUUCUUGGUGCAAAUACUUUUACUGUAUUUGUUUUCUGGAUUCAUCGCAACAAACUAAAGCGAACAUUCCUUCUACUAAUUAACUUGACUGUUGCCGACCUUCUUGUUGGGUUCACUGAAAUACAAGUGGCAGGAUUGGCAGUUAGUCUUCUGCAACUAAGCAAAACCAAUCACAUGGGAUAUCAGAGUUUAUCAGCAUCCUUCCACGCCUUUUCAUCAGCAUCUGUGUUCUUUCUUGUACUUAUUUCACUGGAACGGGCCUUCGCUUUGAUUUGGCCACUUCGACAUCGUGCAACAAACACUAAGACUUACAUAUACAGUGUGGCUAUCGGCUGGUUCGCUGGAAUAGCUAUGGGUGUAUUUAAUUUUCUGUCCACGUUUGAGAUUCUCGAUUUUGUGCAUUAUGCAGUUGGAUUAUCAGUUGUCAUAAAUUUCUGCUUGGUUACGAUCUGUGUGUCGUACUUAUCGAUCCGGAAAACUAUUCAGAACAGAAACCCAGCUGUUGGCUUUGCAUGUAACAGGAAAAAUUUUGAACAAAAGAGGAGACUGUCCAAGACAUUAUACUCCGUGAUAGGUGUUUCUAUUGCGUUUUGGGCUCCAAGUGUUACAAUUUACACUCUAGGUAAAUUGUGUGUAAUCGUGUAUCCUGACUUUGUGAAUUACAUCAUCACCAUGUUACAUCUAAGUAAUUCUCUCGUAAACCCAAUAAUUUAUAGUUUGAGAUUGCCAAUAUUCAUGAAAACCUUUAGACAACUGAAAAAUAAGUUUAAAAUUCCAAAGCGAUCGAAAAAGUACACUGUUAGCAAUGAAGCCCUGUAA